AUGGAACAGGCGGUGUCGACCAAGCACAACGGAGAGCCGAAUCCUCUUGACAGUACAGGCCUCUGUUUGCUGGCCCUCGACGGCGGCGGCGUGCGAGGGCUCUCAUCGCUCUACAUCUUGAAAAGCAUCAUGGAUCGACUGAACCACGAACGAAAGAAGAACAGCCUUCCUUCCGUGAAACCAUGCGAAGUGUUCGACCUUAUCGGAGGCACCAGCACCGGCGGGCUGAUUGCGAUCAUGCUUGGUCGGCUCGAAAUGGACGUCGAUGAAUGCAUUGCCGCGUACACCGAUCUCGCGGCCCACGUCUUCGGCGAGAAAUUGAGCCGUUUUCCAGUCAACAUCAGAGGUGGAGUCAAGCCGCGAUUCGAUUCUGCAAGAUUAGAAAGCGCGAUCAAAAAGGUGGUAACCCAGAAGAGUGUGUCAGAGACAGACUUGCUCAAUGAUGGGAAGGAGCGCGGAUGUCGGACCUUUGUAUGUACGAUCAACCGCGAUACAAAGGACAUGGUCCGUCUCCGAAGUUAUAUCUUGACUGAUUGGCCGGAUAUUCCUGCGACAAUUUGCCAGGCUGCCCUUGCGACGUCCGCCGCCACCACCUUCUUCGAUCCCGUUAGUAUCGAUGACCGUACGUUCGCGGAUGGGGGUUUUGGCGCAAAUAAUCCCGUGGACGAAGUGGAAGGAGAAGCAUCUAAUAUCUGGGGCUCGGACGAGAAAGAUCUGAAAGAACUGGUCAAGUGUUUUAUAUCAAUCGGGACAGGGAAUCCUGGCAAGAAAGCAUUCGAAGACGGCAUGAUCAAGUUUCUUAGCGCGACGGUCGUGCAGAUCGCAACGGAGACAGAGGCUACGGAGAAAAGGUUUAUAGAAAGAUGGGCUAAACACUUCGACGAAAACCGGUAUUUCCGUUUUAAUGUCGACCAAGGGUUGCAGGAUAUUGGACUGGAUGAGUUCAAGAAGAAGGGCGCCAUCAAAGCGGCUACGGAAGGGUACCUCACUCACGUAGCACAAAGGCACCGUGUGCGAGACUGUAUCCAGAACUUGAGGCUCAAACAGAACAAGACCGAAACAUCCUUUGGCGCCGUGGUAGAUGAAUACACCAUACGCACGAUCCGCCAGCAGUCAGCCGCGCGUCACAGAACCUGGAUUGUGCCAUUUGAAAGGAAUCCUCGCUUUACAGGCCGCGAGCCUCAGCUUGCUGAGAUUGAAGGAAAGCUUUUUACUAGGGAUCAUACCGCAAAAAUUGCAAUUACGGGUCUAGGUGGCGUAGGAAAGACGCAGCUGGUGCUUGAACUGCUCUACCGAAUGAAGGAUAAGCACAAGCAUUGCUUGAUUAUCUGGAUACCCGCAACCAACGGGGAAAGCCUUCAUCAAGCAUACCGUGACGUCGCGCGGCAGCUUAGAAUACCCGGCUGGGAAGAGGAAAAGGCAGACGUCAAGAGACUUGUGCAGGGACACCUGAGCAAGGAUGACGCAGGCCAGUGGCUGGUCGUGUUUGACAACGCCGAUGACAUUGAUGUGUGGAUCGCCAAAGUUGGAUCUAAGCACGAGUCGGAAGAGGGAUCCCGGGGUUUACUCGACUACCUGCCGAGCAGCGGUCAAGGAUCCAUCAUCUUCACAACGCGUGACAGGAAGACAGCGGCCAAGCUCGCACGCCAGAAUGUCGUGGAAAUUCCGGAGAUGGAGGAAGAGGCCGCUACGCAGCUACUGCAGAAGUGUCUCAUCAAUCCGGGCGUUGCCAACAACCGGCUUGACGCAGCUGUCCUUCUUUCAGAGCUCACUUAUCUACCACUAGCUAUCGCCCAGGCAGCCGCGUACAUCAACGAGAACGGAAUAACACUUGGAUGUUAUCUAUCACUCCUAGCGGAGCAAGAAGAGGAGGUUAUCGCUCUUCUCAGCGAAGAAUUUGAGGAUGAUGGGAGAUAUCGCAACGUGAAAAACCCAGUGGCCACGACGUGGCUAAUCUCAUUUGAGCAGAUUCAGCAGCGCAAUCCUCUUGCAGCCCAGUAUCUGUCAUUCAUGUCCUGUGUAGAUCCGAAAGAGAUUCCGCAAUCUCUUCUUCCGCCAGGGUCGUCGCGGAAGGAGGAGACGGACGCCAUUGGAACACUAAAUGCCUAUUCUUUUGUCAGCAGACGUCCCGCGGACCCGGUUCUCGAUCUCCAUCGACUGGUGCAUUUGGCUACGCGGAACUGGCUUCGAAGAGAACGGAAGCUUGCUCAGUGGACGGAGAGAGUAAUUGUGCGGCUAGAGGAAGUGUUUCCGGACUAUGAUCACAAGAACAGAAGUGUCUGGAGGAGAUACCUACCACACGCGCGUUAUGCACUGCAAGCCGAUCUUACCGACAAACAUUGGACGUGCAGAAUGGAUCUUAUCUGGAGAUAUGGCCUGUGUCUCGAUCAAGACGGACAAUGGGAUGAUGCUGAGGUUGCAUUUACACAGGUCCUAGAAAUGAGAAAGAGGGUGCUUGGGCCGGACCACCCUUCCACGCUGGCCAGCAUGGCCGCCCUGGCAUCAACCUACUGGGGUCAAGGACGAUGGAAUGAAGCUGAGAAGCUGGAGGUACAAGUAAUAGAGACUUCUAAGACAGUGCUAGGAGCUGAGCAUCCUGACACUCUAAUCAGCAUGAUGAACCUGGCCUCAACCUACUCAAAUCAAGGACGGUGGAAUGAAGCUGAGAAGCUGAAGGUGCAAGUAAUAGAGACUUCUAAGACAGUGCUAGGAGCUAAGCAUCCUGACACUCUAAUCAGCAUGGCGAACCUGGCAUCAACCUACUGGGAUCAAGGACGAUGGAAUGAAGCUGAGAAGCUGGGGGGGCAACAUGGCAAACCUGGCAUCAACCUACUGGGGUCAAGGACGUUGGACUGA